AUGCCUGGGCCCGUCGCUGACGCCGACACAGAGGCAAAGCACCUCGCCAGCCAGUUUAUCGCGGAGGGGUAUAGACACGAUGACGUGGCCGAGGCGACUGCGAAAGGGGGUUUGACUGCCGGCUAUGCGGCGUAUCUCGACAAGUACAAAGACACGCGUCUUACCGCCCGAAAGAAGGACGGAGUGAGCGUCCGCAGGUCUGAUUGGGCAAAAGCGCCUGACUCAGAGGAGUACAAGCGACGGCAGGCGAGCUUUGGUGAAAGCUACCUGGCACAUCUUAGGCGAGCACACCAGUCACCUUGCAAUGUAAGUACUCAGGCCCAGCAGUUGGUCAAGUGA